AUGGAACUUGGAUCAACCUCAACCAUAAACUCCAAUCUUGGACAAUCACAAGUCGAAGGGCCAACGAUUUCUAAAAUCACUCAACCACCUGCCCUUCGUAUUAUCCCGCCCCUUAAUUUUUGUCCAGUUGAAAGACAAUUAUAUCGAUCAGGUCAACCGUCGAUAAUAAACGAAUCCUUCUUGAACCAAUUGAACCUCCGCACUAUCAUUUGGUUAGCAAGUGAAGAACCUACUGAUGAAUUUCUUGAAUAUUGUCUUUCAAAGCAUAUAAAUAUUGAAUUUGUAAGUAUGGUAGAUGAUGAUAAGCAUUUAAACCCAUGGGACUCAUUAAAUGAACCUACAAUCAAGCGAGCAUUAGAGUUGAUUGUUAACAAAGAGAAUUUACCAAUUUUGGUAUGUUGCGGAAUGGGGAGACAUAGAACGGGAACGGUCAUUGGAUGUCUUCGAAGAUUGCAAGGAUGGAAUUUGGCAAGUGUUUCUGAAGAAUAUAGAAGAUUUACUGGAGCUAGAGGUGGUAGAAUCUUGGUGGAGUUGUUAAUUGAGGGAUUUGAUAUUUCGUCAGUCGAAAUUGAUAUGGAAAAAGCACCUGAAUGGUUAAAGAGUGAAUAG